CCACCAUGGUCUCCAUUUAAUUUUAUGUGUGUCGACCGCUCCUUUCGAAGUAGCAUUCUUGUGUCGCACCUAAAGGCACUGCUUUCAAACUAUCGGGCUGACUCACAAGGCUGCCAAUAAGUUUAUGGAUAGCUCUUUUAGGCGAUGUCACUGUUGAACAAGUGAAAUCUGGAAGCCUUGCAAGCCUUGCGAUGUAAGAUUUCCUUAAAGUGUCCUGGUGGGACGUCGCAGCUAGCUUGUAGCGAUUUCCCACGCUCGGUGUCAGCAGCGUUUGGCUGGAACGAUGCUAAGAUGGACAAGAAAGAAGCAGCGUCGAAAAGGGUGCACGAAAAACGUAAGGCCGAAGGCACAAGUGCAGGCGCCGUGGCCGCCGCUGGUGUUGAACCACCGUCUCCUUGCGAAGGCCACGGUACUGCGGCCAAGCGUAAGGUCAAAACCGCGAUGAGACGUCUUCUGACAUUUGUUGGCACACGCGAUGAUUCUCGGCAGCUCGAAUCUUCCGCAAGCCAAAAUCCGCUGGCCAAAGCGUCAAUUUCCACCUCAAAAACCAACGAAGGACCCCCUUCCACUGACGAUCAGCGAGGCGAUGCCGACAUACCGCGACACUCGUUCAAGCAGGUGCUCCUAUCCAAAGUGCCAACAAUGUUUGGAGGCUCCGGGUUGUGGGACACCGCGGCGGCCAGAGUAACCCCUAGCUGUGUCGAGUCGCCGAGCGCCAAGAACCCGCAAGGCUUCGAUAGCGUUUGUGGUGGCAGUCAAGACGGAUUGGCACCGGCCAAGCGUCCAGCGACGGCCUUCCACGGUUCUUACGGCGCCGCCCACUGCUGGCCCACACGGAUAUCGACGGGUAGACCGUCGAGUUUUCUAGUCUCACCAGCACCAAGAUGCAGCCAAGAUGGUGAUCUACCUUCGGCAGAGGAUGUGGUCAUUGAAGAUGUGGAAAUGGAAGAUCUGUCUGAUGCCAUUGGUGAAAGUUUAAGCCAGCAAGUACCUCUCACAGACUUUAAGGGUACCUACGUGGUCAGUGACACCAACAUCUUCCUCAGCAAUCUUGACUUGCUCAAGAAGAUAGUGUUGCCUGACACAGGCAAUGAAGACAUGGUAUUGUGUGUCCCUUGGAUGGCUAUUCAAGAGCUCGACAACAUUAAGACCAAAAAGAAAGGCCCACUGUCCAGCAGCGCUGUAGCUGCGAUCAAGUUCAUCUACCAGGCCUUGUCAAGCAAGAACCCCAGGCUCCGUGGGCAGACUGUUGCUGAGGCACGGCAGAAGGAUGAUGCCCUGCCCAAAGGAUGUGAACUAAAUGAUGACCAUUUCCUGCACUGGUGCCUGGAGUUUAAAAAGCAAGGCAGCAAAGUGCUCCUCAUAAGCAAUGAUCGCAAUCUCCGCAACAAGGCCAUGAUCAACAGCAUUGACACAUUGUCAGCCGACGAAUUGGAGAAAAAGCUUUUCCCGCCGGCUGCCAAAAGCAAUCGUCGACGGACCCCGCUGCCCAAAUCAUCCACCAAGCAGCAAAAGCGCAGUUCCCUGUCGCUGCAAUCUUCGGAGCACAGACUCGGUGCCAAGCAGGAGCAGAGUGACGCUGCCAAGGAAACAUCAGCCGCAUCAGACACUCCUACUUACGUUGUACCACCACGAGCACCCGGCAGAGACGCCGUCUCAACAGAGGUUCGUGAAAUCUUGCGGAGAAGCCUGGAUCUGGUCCUGAAGAGUGAGCUGGAAAGUGCAUUCGGGUCUAUCUGGCUACGUGUUGUUGACUUCAAGCCACCCUGGACUGAAGAGACUGCCCUACAGUGUAUCCUCAGGCACUGGAUAGCGUUAACAGGCACAGCAUUCAAGUCUUCAUUGAAGCCUGUCAUCUCCUCUCUGCUGUCGAAACUUUCAAGUAACUUCGGAUCAAGUGAAAAUGUCAAAAUUGCUCAACUGGCAACUCAGCUGUGCUCGGAGUUGCAGCUGCACUACCCCCAGCUAGCUGGAGAUGUGGCACGGCUCAAGGAGCUGAGUGAAUUGGAGCAAGCACCCGUGAGCACUCCUACUCGGCCGGACGGCCAGACCGGUCUCCUGCCAUCUCUCACCUGCUCCCGUGCUCUGAGCACCACAAGCCGCCUGAUGAUGCCAUCGGACUACAAGCCACCCAUGAAUGACGUACCUCGCGCCAAAGGUGAAGAGCGGAAGGAUGUGGCUGCCAAGCGGCCACAGAGUUCUGGAAUUUCAGUGCCCUUCCGCGUCACGCCUGGCCGUCACAAUGUCGUUGAACGGCUCCCCUUGCGACGGCCAAAGGAGGCGCUGCAGCAACAGUUGGAACAGCCACAGCAAAAUAACCUGCCACCGAACCCACCCGUGCCAGAGACCACGACACCCUUGACUUUGUUCCAGGAGUCAUGGGCGGCUCUUAAUGACUACUGGCACAGAACAGGCCACAAAAGUACCAAACCCACGACCGAUUACCGCCUAGUAACGGAUACCAACGGAACUCUUUGCUCCAAGAUACCGGUGGCCCACAGGCAUGAGUUCCCAUUCAACAUGCGAGCUGAAUUCAAGGCUGACCGUGCUUUCAUCUGUGAGACGUACGGAAUCGUUGUGCGUGUGCUGGAUUACAUGAAUGCUGUGGUGAGAGAGCUUGGUGCAAGCCGGGACAGAAUGGUGGACCUUGCAGAGGCAUUGAUCGAGGCGCUGACUAAGCUCCUGGAGAAGUUGCGCCAUGAGGGCAUUCCUAAAGAGAAAACAUGGGAGGUCAAACUGGAGGAAAUGGUGAACUUCCUAGUGGAUGAAAGCAACAAGGACCUCCUGAUUGUGGGCAAACGGCAAAUCGCAGGUCUGCACGAUAGCCUCGGUCAGUGCUUAAUCCAUGUCACGUCGCCAACUAAACCCCUCCGGUGAUUACAGAAAGCAGCAUGGAGCUGUUGAGUCUGUAGCACCUUCGGCAGCAGCCUAAGUGCCUUUUUUUUUUUUUAAUGUUUGCUGUGAACCACCUGCGGAAGUCACUCCGGUGUAUUUCCAAAAAGGAAUGCAAGUUUUGUACAUUCUUUUUGCGGUGUGAAAAAUAAAAGAACAUUUUUGUAUAUUUCUCA